AUGGACGUGAACUCAUCCACGCCGUUUUUCGCCGCGGGCGCCGCUCCGCUGUCCCGGUUUGUGGACUUGGCCGGCGCCCAUCUCGUGGGUCUCUGGGCCCAGCUCUCGUGGUGGCAGAUCUCGCUCACCGUGCUUGUGGGCGUGUUGACGUACGACCAGGUCAAGUACCAGGUCAACAAGGGCACGAUCGCGGGCCCGCGCUUGAAGGUGUGGCCCAUCAUCGGGCCGUUUUUGGAGAGCCUCGACCCCAAGUUCGAGGAGUACUUGGGCAAGUGGAACCUGGGGCCGUUGUCGUGCGUGUCCAUCUUCCACAAGUUUGUGGUGAUUGCGUCGACCCGUGAGCUCGCGCGCAAGAUCUUCCAGUCGCCCAAGUACGUCAAGCCCUGCGUGGUGGACGUGGCCGUCAAGAUCCUCCGGCCCACCAACUGGGUGUUCAAGGACGGCAAGGCGCACGUGGACUACCGCCGCUCGUUGAACGGGCUCUUCACGCAGAAGGCCUUGGAAAUCUACUUGCCCGUGCUCGAGCAGAACAUGGACGCGUACCUCGCCAAGUUCAGCCUGUACGACGGGCCGCGCGAGUUCUUCCCGGAGUUCCGCGAGUUGUUGUGUGCGUUGUCGUUGCGCACGUUCUGCGGCAGCUUCAUCUCCGAGGACCAGAUCCAGCUCAUUGCCGACAACUACUACCACAUCACCGCGGCGUUGGAGCUCGUCAACUUCCCCAUCAUCAUCCCCUACACCAAGACGUGGUACGGCAAGAAGAUCGCGGACGAGACCAUGCGCAUUUUCGAGGAGUGUGCGGCCAAGGCCAAGGACGCCAUCAACGGGCGCGGCGACGCGCCCACGUGCGUGAUGGACGAGUGGAUUCUUUUGAUGAAGCAGGCCCGCGACCUGCACGCGCAGGACCAGACAUCCAAGCUCUUGAUCCGCGAGUUCUCCAACAAGGAGAUCUCCGAGACCAUCUUCACGUUCUUGUUCGCGUCGCAGGACGCGUCGUCGUCCUUGGCCUGCUGGUUGUUCCAGCUCGUGGCAGACCGUGCGGACGUGGUGGCCAAGAUCCGCGCAGAGCAGAUGGCCGUGCGCAACCACGACCCGGCCGUGCCGUUGUCGCUCGACUUGAUCCAGCAGAUGAAGUACACCAACAGCGUGGUCAUGGAGGCCUUGCGCUUCCGCCCGCCCGUGUUGAUGGUGCCCUACGUGGUGAAGCAGCCGUUCCCGGUGACCGAGGACUACACUGCGCCCAAGGGCCUGAUGAUCAUCCCCACCUUGUACCCCUCGUUGCACGACCCGGAGGUGUACGAGGACCCGGACAGCUUUGUGCCGGAGCGCUGGGAAAACCCCUCGGGCGACAUGACCAAGCGGAGCUGGUUGGUGUUUGGCACCGGCCCGCACGUGUGCUUGGGCCAGCAGUACGUGAUGAUGCUUUUCACGGGCAUGUUGGGCAAGUUCGUGAUGAACGCGGACAUGCACCACCACAAGACCGCCCUUUCCGAGGAGAUCAAGGUGUUUGCCACCAUUUUCCCCAAGGACAACUUGGUCUUGGAGUUUUCCAAGAGGGACCCUUUGGCCGCGGCGUAG